CAACAAGCUUCCGCUAUAUACGUCUUACCAAUCUUCUUUUUUCCAAGGGCCCGCUAUACAUGCAGGAGGCCAGCCUCUCUGCCAUUUGUUGAGGUUAAUUGGCUGUAAUGGCCUCAAUAUAGGACUUGCGUACCAGCACAUUUGAAACAGGACUUCACUUUCGUCAGUGGCGUUUGACAACUGAUAUCGGUCUCCUCUCGAUUAUAAGAAGGGGGUUCUCCCCUCAUAUAUGUUCCUACAACCAAAACCUCCAGUCUUCCAUAUCCCGCGGAUCACUUUAUGUCAUCUUAGAUAUGUCAUCCUUGCGACGAGUUCAAUCAGACAUUCAUGUUAGGCAAAAACAGCUACCGCAUCCUAUCCAUGCCAUGGCCAAGCACAUUCCAAAGCUCUCGGAGCUUCCAUGGUUUGGACGCAAUGAUGCCAUCCCAGAAUCAAGUAUAUCUGGAGAGUGCAUGGAUGGUAGUCUAACGAACAACGUCGAGCAAAUGCAUCAGCAAAUCGAAUACUUGCAAGGCACUAUAAACGAUCUUUUAGACGAAAACAAAACUCUCAAGACUCAACUAUCCAAAAAGAUUGAAGAAUUAAUAUCCCUACGACAGAGGAUUUGCGUUAUGAAUAUUGACAUACAAACAACCCUCAAUGAAAAGAGGAUACUAACAACAGAGGUUGACAAGCUGCGAGGGCAGAUUGCCGACCCCCCGCUACACAUGCUCGAAACAACACGAAGAGGCAUCAUCAUUAGCAAACUACUAUCUAGAUCACAGUCCAUCUAUGAGAGUUUCAGCGCAAUGCAAGAUGAGGGGCCACUCUAUUCCAAAAUUGAGAGUGCGGACACUGAUGUAAAGAGUCCUUUGGACAGUAUACUCAGUGCUGAAGAGGCUCGAAGACUGUUUCGUUCCUUUCAAAAUUGGUUUGACGAGAAAGAUCUGGAUUUGAUAUCACUGCGGCGCUGCGCAGUGUGUCAUAAGAUGAGGUUUGAACAAACCACGCCCAAUAAUUCACACCCUCUAGUCAACGAAUUUUUGACAAGUCCUCAACGGCCUACUACCUGUACUACUCCUGUCUGCUCGGUUUGCUAUGUGGAAUCUGUUUGCAAGUCUAUACAAGAAUCAGGUGAAAGCUGGUGGGAAAUGUUAGGGCCUACAAUCCUGAUAUCCUGUCCAUGCGGUCGCUGUUCGGCUAAUAUCGCUAUCGGGGAUCGUGGGACUUUACAGAAACUACUUAGACUCGCGAGAGUCCAAGAUGCGGAAGCAAAAUUGAGAAUAUACGAUACAGCACAGCACCUUGUGUCAAUACUUGACAGCCUUGAUCCGCAGCCAACUUUAGAAGCACGUCAAGUAGCGAAGCGCCUGCAUCAGCACCUAGUAUCGAAUGGUGUUAUGAAACCACUAUUUGAUCUGGGGAUCUCAGAGCUAUAUACUCUUGAAAAGGGUAGACCAAAUGAUGUGAAAUACAAACUUGUCCAGCUCCUCGAAAUAAAUGGCACCGAUGGGGUAUUGCGUGUCCCUAUCUUUACACGACUUCUGCAACUAGAACAGUCUCCGGUUGAAUGCUCGAUCUGCACUGAACCUAUACAUGAUCUCACUAACAGAACCUUGAAUAUAUGGGAUACUAUCUGCAGUGGAUACUGUGGGGACUGGAAGUGGAAGGUUCUGCCUUUCCCUCGCAAGCUUGAACAGAAGUGCUCUCAUACUGUCGAGUUCUGCACAGAGUGCUUGCGGAACUAUAUGGAAGCCCAGCUUGAUCAACAUGGAAGAGCUGGAUGUCAUCUUCUUAGUUGCCCUUCUUUCGAUUGCGGUCGGCGACUUGAAUACGAUGAGGUGAAGCUAUACGCGCGGCAAGACACUUUUUCGAAAUACGAUGAGUACUUGACACUAGAGGCGUUGAGCAAGUUACCUUCUUUUCGAUGGUGUCUUGCUGAGAAUUGUUCUUAUGGUCAGAUAUAUGACCUGAUCGAGAGCAACCAUGUCUCAUGCGAGGAAUGUGGCUACGAGAUGUGCUUUGAGCACCAGGUGAAAUGGCAUGAUAAUUUGACCUGCGAGGAGUUUGAUAGUAUGGGGGAGAAUGGGGACCCUCGGUUCCGAGAGACGAGAGACUGGGUCGAUGCCAACACCAAGCAGUGCCCUUCAUGCGGAAUCAAUGCACAGAAAGGUCCGGGUUGCUUUCACAUGACCUGUACACUAUGUCGCCAUGAGUUCUGCUGGGAGUGUCUGGCGAGCUGGAAGGAUAUCGUCCCGAGAUCGGGACAGUACAAUCAAUCAGCUCAUCGAGAUGGCUGUUAUUUCAGGUCCAGUGGCCAGCGACCUACAGAGGUUACCGGGGAAUCUAUUCCUGUAAGGUAACAAGAAACGUAAAUAUUAAGUAUCAAUUACUUGGACCUAAAUACACUAAUUCUUUAUACCUCAAAGGGUUAUCCAAUGUUGUCUACUAGCUGAAGGUCUUUUCGGCAUCAGGGGUAUAGCUAUGACUGGCCUGACGUUACUGACAUUUGCACUUCAAUAUAAGCAACACUGUAAUCGGUAUUAGACAAAAGGUCCGUUCAAUGUUCAAUUAGAGAAAAUCUGAACCUAUGAAGAUGAGAUUGCAGAAUAGAAUAUCAUAUCCAAC